AUGGAUCUGCAUCCCAAGUACGACAACUAUGACUUCCCUACCACGGCGGCCGAGCCUCAGGACGGCCAUGCUGGCUAUCUCACCCCCGAGAAGAUUGCUCAAGUCCAUCAAUUGCGCCUGAUGCUGGAAGCUGAGGGGUUCAAGGAUCGCCUGGAUACACUGACUCUGUUGCGGUUCCUGCGAGCUCGCAAGUGGGAUGUCAACCUUGCCAAGGCCAUGUUUGUUGAUACCGAGAAGUGGCGAAAAGAGACCAAGCUUGACGAGGUUGUCCCCGUUUGGGACUACCCCGAGAAGACCAAGGUCGCCAAGUACUACAAGCAGUUUUACCACAAAACCGACAAGGACGGACGCCCCAUCUACAUUGAGACCCUCGGCGGCAUCGACCUGAACGCCAUGUACGAAAUCACAACAUCCGACCGUAUGCUUACCAACUUGGCCGUGGAGUAUGAGCGAGUCGCUGACCCCCGUCUGCCCGCUUGCUCCCGCAAGACUGGCAAGCUCCUCGAGACGUGCUGCACCAUUAUGGAUCUCAAGGGAGUCACCCUCACCAAGAUUCCUUCCGUGUACUCGUACGUGCGCCAGGCUUCCGUCAUUUCUCAAAACUACUACCCCGAGCGCCUGGGUAAGCUGUUCCUCAUCAACGCUCCCUGGGGUUUCUCCACCGUGUGGAGCGUUGUCAAGGGCUGGCUCGACCCCGUCACCGUCAAGAAGAUCCACAUCCUCGGGAGUGGUUACAAGAGCGAGCUGCUGAAGCACGUCGACCAAGACUGCUUGCCGGUCGAGUUUAGCGGCACCUGCAAGUGCGAGGGUGGCUGCGAGAACGCCGAUGCUGGCCCGUGGCGGGAUGCUCAAUGGGCCCGACCUGCUUGGUGGGAGAAGAAGGCGGAUGACAAGACGGCCGAGAACCGCGGCGCCACCGCGACGACUGCCGAGGGAGCUGCCGAGGGAGCUGCUGAGACGGCAGCUGCUCCUGCUCCUGCUCCUGCUCCUGCUCCUGCUCCUGCUCCUGCUCCUGCUCCUGCUCCUGCUCCUGCUCCUGCUACCGACGUGACCAAGUGA